UUUAACAGGCGGCGUGCGCGGAUCGAGCAGAGAACAAAGCGCCAAAAGCGGGGAUCGAAGAUCGUUAACAGUUUUACAGUUGUUGCCGUUUGCGUUUGCGUUUGCGUGUGUGUUGCUAAAACAUUGCUAAAACAAAACUCGACUCACACACACAGAAACACUCCAAACACAGACACAAUCCACAGACAGACAGACCGAGAACGAGAGAGAGCCAGAGAGAGAUCGGUGCACUACUGAAAUAACGGAAGAGGGGCCAAAGCGAAAAAGAAUCAAGAAGUGCUUAGAGGAGCACCAGCAGGCCCACUUGCCGUUUCGUUCUCGCUGCGUGUGGUUUUAAUUGCGUUUUGUAAUUGUUACGCAUGCGCCCAAACCCGAAGUGUUAAGGAAGUACAAGUAUUAUAAAAAGAGACGGGGAGAGAAUAAACUGUGUUUUGUGUGUGUGUGCUUGCGUUCGUGUCCGUGUGAUAUCCUUUGCCCAUAUAUCCGAACCAAUCCUGUGUAACCGUGGCGAAGGAACUGAGCAACUUGCUAACGUUGCAAAACAAUAAUCUCGAGAUGACACAACAGCCGCAAUGGGGCAUAAACCUAUCACGGUAUUUUAUAAUACCCCAACGUGUGAUAUUGGCCAUUAUGGGGUUCCUGGCGAUCCUCAAUGCCUACACAAUGCGUGUGUGCCUCUCCCAGGCCAUCACAGUGCUGGUCAUAAAGAGGAAUGUCACGAAUGAGGAUAGCGAUGUGGCCAUCUGCGAGCCAGAUGAUCUGGAUGAGGGCGUCAGCACUGGCGGCGAUUACGAUUGGUCGGAGCAGCUGCAGGGCCUGAUCUUGUCCUCCUUCUACAUUGGCUACAUUGUCACGCACAUUCCUGGCGGUCUGCUGGCCGAGAAGUUUGGCGGCAAAUGGACCCUGGGCCUGGGCAUCCUCUCCACAGCUGCGUUCACUAUGCUCACACCUCUGGCCAUUGAGAAGGGCGGCUCCGACUGGCUGAUCGUAUCCCGUGUGCUGAUGGGUCUGGGCGAGGGCACCACCUUCCCCGCUCUCAGUGUGCUCCUUGCUGCCUGGGUACCCGCGAACGAACGCGGCAAGCUGGGUGCCUUGGUCUUGGGCGGCGGUCAGGUGGGCACAAUCAUGGGCAAUCUGCUAUCUGGCGUCUUUCUGGAUGCUUACGAAUGGCCAUUUGUGUUCUACUUCUUUGGCGGCCUGGGUGUCAUUUGGUUUGUCAUCUUUGUUUUCCUGUGCUACAGCGAUCCCUCCAGCCAUCCGUUCAUCAAGCCCAGCGAACGGGAGUAUCUUGCCAAGGAGAUCGGAACGAUUGGCCGCAACGAGUCUCUGCCCCCGACGCCCUGGAAGGCCAUCCUCACGAAUCUGCCCAUGUUCGCCCUGGUCUCUGCUCAGAUCGGUCACGAUUGGGGCUUCUACAUCAUGGUGACGGAUCUGCCCAAGUACAUGGCCGAUGUGCUGCAGUUCUCCAUCAAAGCCAACGGCCUGUACUCCUCCCUGCCCUAUGUGAUGAUGUGGAUUGUGUCCGUGGGCAGUGGCUUCAUUGCCGACUGGAUGAUCCGCAAGGGCAUCAUGAGCACAACAAAUACCCGCAAGGUGAUGACCGGUCUGGCCGCCUUUGGUCCAGCCAUCUUCAUGGUGGGCGCCUCGUACGCUGGCUGUGAUCGCGUCCUCGUUGUGAUCCUCUUCACCAUUUGCAUGGGCCUGAUGGGCGCCUACUAUGCGGGCAUGAAGCUCAGUCCCUUGGACAUGAGCCCCAACUAUGCUGGCACCCUGAUGGCCAUCACAAACGGCAUUGGAGCGAUCACGGGCGUGAUAACGCCAUAUCUGGUGGGAGUGAUGACACCAAAUGCCUCGCUGCUCGAAUGGCGUACUGUGUUCUGGGUGGCCUUUGGCGUGCUGUGCGUCACAGCGGUCGUCUACUGCGUGUGGGCCUCGGGAGAGGUGCAGCCGUUCAACAAUGCACCCAUCCAGCCCCGCUCCGUGGACUUUGAGGCCGAGGAGCGCAAGACCACAGCCUUCAAGAGUCCCGAGUACGACUACAACAGCGGCAGUACAGGUGUACAUCAGCGCACGGAGCGAAGCUCCUAAAUCGGCAUCGCCUUCAGAAUGUGCCAUAUUGUACUCUAGUUGAAAAUGCUGUCCCCGUCGAGUCGCACGAGUCGAGGUUCCAUUUAUAUACAUAGUAGAUAUAAUACGUAUACGCCCUUAUUGCUGUUCAGAUAGCUAGUUUUAUAGUAUUUCCGAUCUGGCCGAGAUCCCCAGCACAGGGCCACCAACUAAUUAACUUUUAAGCGAAGAAUUUACUUACACUCACCCAAAAAAAAAAAAACAAAAGAAUGGAAAAAAAGAAGAUGAAAGUCGCACGUGGCAGUGUGUACUUCUGUGUGUGUACAAUUUUCCUGUUAUAGGUAGGAUAAUCAUCCCUAAUUAAUACCGUCGUCCUGUCCCCCGCACCCGCACAUGUCCCCGCA